AGUUUAUUUGGUGCCAGACGUUUCGAAAAAAAGGCCGAACCGGAACUGGAUGAAAUCGUAAGGAACCUUUUGGUGCUCUCAGCUGUCUUCCUAUCUUGAAAGCGAGUGCCAUCUACAACAAAACCAACAAGCAGCACUGCCAACAAGAACGAGCUUCAUCCAGAAGCAACAGAGUAAAGACCACAUAAGAUAUCAGCGUGUCCUCACUCAUGAGAGUGUGUUCAUUUGUGACAUUUGUGGCAGAGGCUUCUCACUGAAAGGCACCCUAUCAAUGCAUCAGCUGAUCGACACAAAGGCGAAACAUUUGUGAUGUUCUGAUCCAGUGCUGCUUGCGGAAAUGUCACCGUCAACAACAGAGAGUCCACACUAAUGACAAUUUGUGAUAUCUGUGGAAAAGGCGUCUCUUGAAGUUACAACCUAUGAAAACAUACGAUGGUCCACACUAACGAGACACCAUUUGUUUGUGACAUUUGCAGCAAAUGCUUCUUAGGGCAAAGUAAAGGUCGACAACAUCAGACCCUGAUCCACACUAAUGAGAUAUCAUUUGUUUGUGACAUUUGCGGUGAAGGUUUCUUGCGUAACGGCCCCCUACAAAAAAAAAAAAAAAAAUAGGAAGAUCCAUUGUGACAAAUGGUUCUCCUGGAAAUGUCGCCUUCAACAUCAUCGUUUCUCAUGUAAAAGCCACCUAAAAAACACAACAAAAUAUCAAUGAACGCCCAUUUGUAUGUGACAUUUGCGGGAAAGAAUUCUCACUAGAAAAGCACCUUCAAUAACACCACAGGGUCCACACUAUAGAGAAACCAUUUGUGUGUGACAUUUGUGGCAAAUGCUUCGCCUGGAAAUGUAACCUUCAAGUGCAUUUGUUUGCAACACUUGUGGCAAAGACUUCUCUCAAGAGUAGCACCCUAAAAAUGCAUCAUAUGGUCCACACUAAUGAGAAACCAUUUGUUUGUGACACUUGCGGCAAAGGCUACUCUCAAAGUAACACCCUAAAAAUACACUUGAGGGUCCACACUAAUGAGAAACCAUUUGUUUGUGACAUUUGUAGCAAAGGCUUCUCUCGAAGAAGCAGCCUAAAAAUACAUCAGAGAGUACACACUAAUGAAAAACCAUUUGUUUGUGACACAUGUGGCAAAGGCUUCUCUCAGAGUCACAACCUAAAAAUACACCAGAGAGUCCACACUAAUGAAAAACCAUUUGUUUGUUACUCUUGUGGCAAAGGCUUUUCUCACAGUGGCACCCUAAAAAUACACCAGAGGGUCCACACUAAUGAAAAACCAUUUGUUUGUGACGUUUGUAGCAAAGGCUUCUCUCGAAGAAACAGCCUAAAAAUACACCAAAGGGUCCACACUAAUGAAAAACCAUUUGUUUGUGACACUUGCGGCAAAGGCUUCUCUCACAGUGGCACCCUAAAAUUACACCAGAGGGUCCACACUAAUGAAAAACCAUUUGUUUGUGACGUUUGUAGCAAAGGCUUCUCUCGAAGAAGCAGCCUAAAAAUACACCAAAGGGUCCACACUAAUGAAAAACCAUUUGUUUGUGACACUUGCGGCAAAGGCUUCUCUUACAAUGGCACCCUAAAAUUACACCAGAGGGUCCACACUAAUGAAAAACCAUUUGUUUGUGACGUUUGUAGCAAAGGCUUCUCUCGAAGAAGCAGCCUAAAAAUACACCAAAGGGUCCACACUAAUGAAAAACCAUUUGUUUGUGACACUUGCGGCAAAGGCUUCUCUCACAGUGGCACCCUAAAAUUACAUCAGAGGGUCCACAGCAAUGAAAAACCAUUUGUUUGUGACAUUUGUGGCAAAGGCUUCUCUCGAAGAAGCAGCCUAAAAAUACACCAAUGGGUCCACACUAAUGAAAAACCAUUUGUUUGUAACUCUUACGGCAAAGGCUUUUCUCACAGUGGCCCCCUAAAAUUACAUCAGAGGGUCCACACCAAUGAAAAAUCAUUUGUUUGUGACACUUGUGGCAAAUGCUUCUCGCGAAACCAUAACCUGAAAAUACAUGAGAGGAUCCACACUAACGAAAACCAUUUUUUGUGACAUUUGCGGCAAAGUCUUCUCAUGGAAAUACCAUUUAUUUGCAAUAUUUGAGACAAAGCCUUUGCGCAAAAGAGCAACCUACAAAGACUUCAACUGAUCCACACUACUAAACUCCAUUUGUUUGUGACGUUUGUGGCAAAUGCUUCUCUCAAAGUAGCAACCUACGAAAACAUAGGAUGGUCCACACGAAUGAGCAACCUUUUGCGGACAUUUGUUGCCAAUGCUUCUCUCAUAGUGGCAAUAUACAAACAUGGUCCACAUUAACGGGAAACUAUUUGCUCGUGCUGUUCGCGGCGAAGGCUUCUGACGUAGUGCGGACCUACGUGUACAACAACAUCAGUGGGUGCACACUUAUGAGAAGCCAUUUGUUUGUGACAUUUGUGGUCAAUGCUUCUGCUGGAAAAAAAAGUCUUCAGCAACAUCGGAGAGUCCACUCCAGUGAGAAGCCGUUUCAGUGACAUUAUAGCAGAUGCUUAUUCUA